AUUCACAUAUCUCUGGAGUGAGCAUUCACAUGUGCAGAACAAAUUUUGUGUUGCCAACAAACAUUGCUGGCCUGGUCACGUGUUCUCGCGACGUCGUGUGUCAGGUUCGUUUGAGCAGUUACCAGAAAGCGCCAGACAACAGGCUGUACUGCGCAUGCGCAGCUACGAUGACGUACCAGCCUGUGCUCAUACGCUUUUCGUCGUAAUUCUGGUGGGGCAUCACGCGACCAUGUGUAGCCGUGCGGCAUGUUGUUGAGAGGACAUACUGAAUUGUACUUAGAGCAAUUGUUUUAUCACAUCCCACACAGAUAAAGGAUGCAAAUACGGAUGCAGUUCUUGGCAAAAUAUCAUUUCAAAAUUAGACUCCACAGCUCGAAGUACCAUAAAAUUUUGCUAAGGGGUGACUUUGACAGAUUUUUUUUUUUUAAUCUUCCGUCGGGCGCGGCUGUUCAAAUUGAUACACUUCGAAGUUUACUGUAAAUUAUUUGUCAACGAGUGGCAGCACUAACGCCUAAUCGCUAGUAGCUAGCCUUUUCCGAACGCUUGUCAUUGUUGUGUGCUUCAGUGUCGAUACGACUGCUCUGUUGUCGAUAUAUGUGCUGAUUGAUCAGUUUGAUACACUGCGCCCGUUCGUGUUGCAUUUCAACAAUUCAUUUCUUUGGUUAUCAACAUAACUUAGUGUGAGACACUUGAUCAUGGCGGGUUACAGUAAGACGUACUACCUCCUUGACCCAAAUUAUGUUGCAGAAAUACAAAAAAAAGUUGUUUGAAGAGGAUAAUGAUGAAGUUCAAGAGGAUUUUGAAGAUGAAGUAGACACAGAUUGUGAUGACGUAGUUGAAGUUCGGCAGGAAGAUUCAGAAACAGAGGAAAACGACGAAGAAGUACUCGAAGAAAGCCAGCAUCUUUAUACUGGAAGGGACAAAGAGACAAAAUGGAAUACACUUCCACCAUCGCAGAGAGUACGUUUCAAGGCCCACAAUAUUAUUCGAAAGUUACCUGGUCCUAUAGGUGCGGCGAAAGCAUUGAGAACGCCUUUGGAAGGUGGGAAUUGCCUCAUAGAUGACGACAUUUUGUCCAUUAUAGUUCUAUAUAGUAGUCGGUAUAAUGAGAGUAUCAAAGCUUCUUUUCAGCGAGAGAGAGACGUAAAACCUAUAGAUAUUAUUGAAUUAAAAGCUUUCAUUGGUCUUCUGUUUUUGGCUGGUGUUAACAAAAGUAACAGACAAAGCUUAGAAGAUCUGUGGGGAAGUGAUGGGGAUGGAAUUGAAAAAUUUCGUCUUGUUAUGAACAUAAAACGUUUCAAAUUCAUCAUGCGUUGCCUUAAAUUUGACAAUCGUGUGACUCACGAUGAAAGGAGGAAAUUAGACAAGAUAACAACGAUUCGGGAAAUAUUUUCUCUGUUUGUACAAAACUGCCAGAAAUCCUACACCCUCAGAGAAAACGUUACAGUAGAUGAGGAACUUGAAGGAUUCUGUGGAAGAUGCAGUUUUCGCCAAUACAUAUCUAGCAAACCAAACAAAUAUGGAAUUAAGAUAUAUGGUCUUGUGGAUUCCCAAGUAUUUUAUCUCUAUAAUCUGGAAAUAUACACUGGGCUGAAGCCAGAAGGAUUGUACCACGUUAGCAAUAAACCUUCAGAUGUUGUUCUGCGACUAUGUGAAUCAGUUUAUCAGUCAGGUCGAAAUGUGACAGCAGACAAUUGGUUUACUAGUGUUGCUUUAACAAAAGAGCUAAGAAGAAGAAAUCUUUCUUUUGAUGGGAAGAUGAAGAAAAACAAGUGUGAGAUUCCUCUGGAGUAAAGACAGGGCUGUCCAUAGUUCACUUCAAGAAAGACUAUACUCUAGUUUCGUACAUUCCUAAAAAGGGGAAGUGUGUUAUCUUGGCAUCAUGUUUGCAUGAAGAUAAUUCAGCAGAUGCUGACACUGGAGAUAAACAGAAGCUAUUCAUUGUAACAUUUUACAAUAGCACCAAAGCUGGAGUUGACACUACAGAUAAGCUGACCACAUCAUACAACGUAGCAAGAAAUGUGUGCCGUUGGCCCAUGGUCAUGUUUUUUGCAAUGAUCAAUAUGAGUGGAAUCAAUUCACAAGUACUUUACUAUGGCAACAACGAGAAUUUUAUCUGACGAAAAGGAUUCCUGAAGCAACUCUCACAUGCGUUAGUUCUACCUCACUUGGUUCGUAGAUGCUUGGACACCUCAGGAAGUCACAGAGAUCUUCAACUGCAUCUACAACAAUAUAGGCCAACGUGUGAAGAAGCAGAAGACACAAGCAGAAACAAAGAACAAGGGACUGGGAUCAAGAGGAAAAGGUGUAAUACCUGCACAGAAAAAUAAGACUGACAAAAUAUUGUUGCAAAAUGUAUCAUAAGCCUAUCUCUUUGAUACACAUUGAACCUUUUUGCUCUGAAUGCGGAAAAAUUAAGAAUUUGUUACCACAGUCGAAAAGUGAUGAUGAAACAAAUGAGUUGUAAUAUCAUUGUUGUUCUGCUCCAGUGUCAUAAUAGCCUUUCUGUAAAGAUAAUUGUCAUUUGUAAUGUGUUUUAUUAGUGAAAUAUAAUAAAGAAGCAAAUGAAAAAGC